AUGAAGGACAUCAAGAUCGAGCCCGCAAAGGGCAUUUCCUACUUUACUCCUGCACAACAAACCCCAGCAGGAACAGCAGCGAACCCACAGACCAGUGGGAAGGCAAUACCAAAACUCUUCCAGCCGAUCACCAUCCGGGGAUUAACAUUUCAGAAUCGUCUUGGGGUAUCCCCAAUAUGCCAGUACUCCGCCGAGGAUGGACACAUGACAGACUACCACCUCGCCCACCUGGGCGGUAUAGCCCAGCGAGGCCCAGGCCUUAUCAUGAUCGAGGCCACCGCUGUGCAACCGGAAGGUCGCAUCUCACCGCAGGAUGUCGGGCUGUGGAAAGACUCCCAAAUCGCGCCAAUAGCCCGAGUCAUCGAGUUCGCGCAUAGCCAAGGCCAGAAGAUUGGUAUCCAGCUUGCGCACGCGGGUCGUAAAGCGAGUACUACUGCACCUUGGAUGAUGAACCAUGGCAAUGUGGCAACAGAGAAUGUCGGUGGAUGGCCGCAUAAUGCCAAAGGACCUACUAUGAGCAAGGACGACAUCCGCGAGUUCAAGGAAGCGUGGGCUGCCGCCGCGAAACGGGCCCUUGUGGCCGGAGCGGAUUUCAUUGAGAUCCAUAAUGCGCAUGGGUAUCUGCUUGCAUCGUUUUUGACCCCCUACGCGAACAAGCGGACGGAUGAGUAUAGUGGAUCUUUUGAGAACCGGACGCGAUUGCCGCUGGAGAUUGCGCAGUUGACCCGCAAUACGGUGGGUGAGCAUGUACCUGUUUUCCUGCGCCUUUCGGCAUCGGAUUGGCUGGAUAGUGAUUUUGGAGAAACCUGGGGCUUGCAGGAUGCAGUGAAGUUUGCUGAAGCGUUGGUCGCUCAAGGAGCUAUUGAUCUGAUUGAUGUCUCUUCCGGCGGUUUACAUUCAAGUCAAAAAGUGAAAGCCGGGCCUGGGUUUCAGGCACCGUUUGGCAUUGCGGUUAAGAAGGCGGUCGGGGAAAGGAUUCUUCUUGCGACGGUUGGCCAUAUCAAAGAUGGAAGGCUGGCAAAUCGGUUGCUUGAAGAAGAAGGACUUGAUGUCAUUCUUGUUGGGCGUGGGUUUCAGAAAGAUCCUGGAUUGGUCUGGACCUUUGCGCAGCACCUUGAUGUUGAGAUUGCUAUGCCGGGCCAGAUCCGCUGGGGAUUUUCCAAACGAGGAGCAGUCUAUAAACCCUCACUAUGA